GCGGGGCAGCGGGGACGCGGCCAAAGCCCAGAAAGCUGCUGCGGGGGGCGAUGGCCACACCAAGCCCUGGGCCCCGCGAGAUCCUGACUGCCUCCCCAGACGUUGGACGAAGAGCACUUGCCUCACGUUCCAGCCCCCGUGGCUUCUUUUGGCGCCUCAGAGACAAACAGACUCGAGUCGGCCUGUUUGAGAUCGGCCCAGGGCAUGAACUGCAUAGGCUGACAUGUAUGAUGCAGGCAGGACUGUGGGCUGCCACCCAGGUCUCCAUGGACAACCCACCCGUGGGGCCACCCACCCAUGAGGAUUUCUCAGAAGUCAUGACCCAGGUUCAUGAUGAGGGCUUCGAGCUGGGCACCCUGGCUGGUCCAGCCUUUGCCCGCCUGCGCCACUCACUAGGCCUGACAGAAGAGGAUUAUCAGGCUACACUGGGCCCCGGUAGUCCCUACCUGCAGUUCCUCAGCACCUCCAAGAGCAACGCCAGUUUCUUCCUGUCCCACGACCAGCGCUUCUUCCUAAAGACCCAGCGGCGCCAUGAGGUGCAGGUGCUGCUCACCCAUCUGCCCCGCUACGUGCAGCACCUGCAGCAGCACCCGCACUCGCUGCUUGCGCGGUUGCUGGGAGUGCACAGUCUGAGGGUGGCCCAAGGAAAAAAGAAAUACUUCAUCAUCAUGCAGAGCGUCUUCUACCCAGCCAGUCGCAUCUCCGAGAGAUAUGACAUCAAGGGCUGUGAGGUGAACCGCUGGGUGGAGCCAGUCCCUGAGGACAGCCCCCUUGUCUUGGUGCUGAAGGACCUCAAUUUUCAGGGCAAGAUCAUGAAACUGGGGCCCCAGCGGAGCUGGCUCCUCCACCAGAUGGAGCUGGAUACAGCCUUCCUGAGGGAGCUCAACAUAUUGGAUUACAGCCUCCUGAUGGCCUUCCAGCUUCUCCACGAGGACGAGAAGGACCAGUACAGCAGCCUUAUCUUCCACAUGGCCAGGUCCAUGCAGGGUGCCCCGAACUCGGGGGGUGCCGAGGGCCAGAACCGCCGACUGCUGUCCGACGUCCCCAACGCGUUCCAUAUCCUGGAUGGGCCAGAGCAACGCUAUUUUCUGGGCCUGGUGGAUCUAACCACCGUCUAUGGGCUUCGCAAACGGCUAGAGCAACUGUGGAAGAUGCUGCGCUACCCAGGCCGGACCUUCUCCACGGUCAGCCCGGCUCGCUACGCCAGUCGCCUCUGCCAGUGGGUGGAGGCGCACACCGAGUGACCGGUGCCCGGCCUCGUUCUUCCCAUCUGGACACGCGCCUGGACCGCUUUUCCAGCGGGACCCAGGGAGAUAGCCUGCUGUUCCUCCACUUGGCCACAGGAGGGCAGCAUCCCCUAACUAAUGCUGUAACCAUUCAGUCCCAUUCAAUGAUGGUGCUGUGCCCUGCUUUGAGCAAGGAAUCACCCCCUUC